AUGUCCAUGCUAACUGCAACCAAGAAGACGAAUAUAGAAGAUGAUGCUGCACUUCUAUCUACAGUAACUACCAACAGCAUCUUAAAUCAAUUAAGAGCAGACUCCGAGUACGACGAAGAAGACGACGAAUUAACAACAAGACCUACACCUACUGGUAGCCCUCCUCCAGUAUCUGUGACCACUGCUAAUUCUGCUGACAGUGACGACGAUGAAAUAAUGGCUUCAUCUCCGCCACCACAAACUUCGUCCGCUGGCUUACCUGGUAAUAUGACUCCAGCAACUGGUGCACCACCAGCGGCCGAUCUAGCAUCUGGCGGUGGUACGUCGUCGUAUCAUAUACCACAGUUCCCCAUCGAACGCAUAGAAAGCAAAAUGGCAGCCAUUAGUAGCAGUCUGGCCAAAGAAAUGGACGAAAAGCGAGCUGCUGCAGCAGCUUUAGGAUACCCACAGUCAACAAUGAACAAGGAUGACAGGCAAUUGUAUGGUGAUGGUGUAUCGAUUUCAGCGCAGUCAUCAACCACUGCGGGAAUCGAGAAACAACUACCAUCGACCACUGGUGCACAGUGGCAACAAAAUCUAUCUGAAGACAACGAAGGGCAAUACGAUUUCGUGCCACAUUUUCAACGAGUCAGCAUUGGCGGAGAAGAUAACAAUGGGGUCCCUUUGGAAGAUUUGCAUUGGGCAUCACAACAACUCAUGGAAGCGUUGCACAUUAGAGAACGUUAUAUGCGAGUGUCCCAUCAAUCUUUCCCGAACAUCACGUCGAAGUUUUUCCACAAAAAGCACCCUAAGCCGCAAGGGGGGGAUCCAUCCUCACCGUCGUCCGGUAACGCUUCUGUGCUUCACUCCUCGGACAGCGUUACAGACGUGUCCGCUGGUGGCGACUCGAACAACAAAUCGGAAAUCAGACAGCCUUAUCCAAGAGCCCGAGUGAUCAAGCACGAAGACCGUCAAUCGAUCGCCGAUAUCCGGAAACGAGUCUCUGUUUCUGAUCUAGGGACGACACAAUCUAGGAAAUCGUCGUAUAAUCCGUGGGCUGACCGACGAAGUUCGACCAUGGACGACGCGUUUACCGACCAACUAUUAUUCGACAUUGCGUACGGCCAAUACGACCAUCCGGUACAUCCUCCAGCCAGCGUUGGCGACCCGUGGCAGUGCGACUUUCCGCCAUCAUUGGGCUUCACGAUCCGUGCCAAGGAUGGCGUAUUUCAAAUGUACAGCAGUCCUGACUCUGAGACUCCAGUUCAAGGAUUCCCAUAUCCUAAUUUGGAGACGUUUUGUCGGGACAUGCAACGGCUGUGCACUAUGAUAUCUGACGGUCCACUAAAAUCAUUUUGUUAUCGUCGGUUGUCGUAUUUAUCGUCGAAAUUCCAACUGCAUGUGUUACUAAACGAAUUGAGGGAACUUGCGUCACAGAAAGCUAUCCCGCAUCGUGAUUUCUACAAUAUCAGAAAGGUCGACACCCAUAUACAUGCUGCAUCGUGCAUGAAUCAAAAACAUUUGUUAAGAUUCAUUAAGAAAACUUUAAAAAAUCAUUCUGAUGAAGUGGUGUCUGCUGGUGGUAUGACACUUAAACAGGUUUUUGAAUCAAUGAAAUUAACAUCGUAUGACUUGACCGUCGAUAUGUUGGAUGUACACGCAGAUCGCAACACGUUUCACAGGUUCGACAAAUUUAAUUCCAAAUACAACCCUAUUGGAGAAUCUCGUCUUAGAGAAGUAUUCUUGAAAACAGAUAAUUAUACUGGUGGUAAAUAUUUUGCUCGGGUAAUUAAUGAAGUGGCGGCUGACUUAGAAGAAUCAAAAUAUCAAAAUGCCGAACUCCGCCUGUCAAUCUACGGAAAGAGUCGUGAUGAAUGGGACAAACUAGCAAAAUGGGCUAUUUCUAAUAGAGUGUAUUCUGACAAUGUUCGAUGGCUAGUUCAGAUUCCACGAUUGUUUGAUAUAUUUAGAUCGAACAAUAUUUUAGACAACUUCCAGCAGUUGUUGGAUAAUGUAUUUUUGCCACUGUUUGAAGCCACCAAUGAUCCUAAUUCACAUCCAGAUCUCCAUAGAUUUUUACAACAUGUAGUCGGGUUUGAUAGUGUUGAUGAUGAGUCGAAACCAGAAAAUCCAUUUGUUGACCGAGAAGUUCCCAAACCAGCACAAUGGAGAGAAACUGAUAAUCCACCUUAUGCAUAUUAUCAGUACUAUAUGUAUGCUAACAUGACUGUACUCAAUCAUCUCAGAAUCAAACAAGGUUUCAACACGUUUGUUCUAAGACCCCAUUGUGGUGAAGCAGGAGCUGUACAACAUUUGAAAAGUGCCUGUACUUCAAUACUUGUAUUAUGUUGCCCAAAUUGGUAUAGCCAUGUCACCUUUGUCAAACAAUUCAUGGUUUUGAAUUAUCAUCGGAAUCCAUUACCCGAAUAUUUGGCUCGUGGUCUGGUUAUCAGUCUGUCAACAGACGACCCACUGCAGUUUCAUUUCACCAAGGAACCGUUAAUGGAAGAAUACUCGAUCGCCGCUCAAGUAUGGAAAUUGUCAGCAUGCGAUAUGAGCGAGUUGGCUCGAAACUCUGUACUGAUGUCUGGAUUUCCUCAUAGGAUCAAGCAGUACUGGUUGGGACCAAAUUACACUAAGGAGGGGGUGGCAGGAAAUGACAUAUCGAGGACCAAUGUCCCGGAUAUACGAGUGGCAUACCGCAACGAAACCCUUUUAGACGAGUUAGCGGUCAUAUUUGGCUCCAUGCCGACAAAUGCAACAACGAAUACAAACAGUGGAACACCUACAGUGCCAAGUUCAUAG